GUACACACAUACACUCACACACACACACGCAUACAUGCUAUAUAAAGUAGCUCUAUAAAAAUAACUCACAGAUGCUUUCAAUAAGAGGAAAAAAAAACAGAGUCUGAGAUACAUAAUAGGGCACACAUGACGCACACACACAACACACACACACACACACACACACAGAGAAAGACUUGUGCGCUUGUGAGUAGGAAGUAGCAAUGGAUGCGAAAUCCUUGCAAAGUUCAAGCAGCCGCAGCCUUUUUGGCUCCUGCUGCUCGAAGGCGUAGCUUAAGAAAAUAGUUUAUGCGCCGCGUGAGGCGCGUAUUUCAAAUACCACAAAUUUAACUCAGUCAGCAAAGCAAAUGGAUCCGACUUCCAUUCCAAACAAAAGUUGUCUGAUGAGACUGCAAUGCUGACAUUGUGUAGCUGUGUCCAUUCGACGCCAUAUUUUCCGCUUUUCCGCUUUUCUUGGUGCACUCAAUGCGCACAAUAUUGGUUAACAAUAGAUGCCUCGCUUAUUUGGCGCUCUGACCAUUUAGAAAUGUGUACGAAAUGGAAAAAUUAAAUCAAUUUAUCAUCUAUGUGGAGGAAGGAAAAGAAUACCAGACGAUAGACCUUAAAAGUGUGACUAAAGCAGAACAAGCCUUAAAAGACAAUAUUUCUAAAUACUAGACUGUCGCUUAUGCUUAAUUAAAAUAUAUUUUAAAUAUCUUAACACAUUAACUUAUUACUGUUACUUUCCUUUUUGACAAAAUGUUGGUUAUUUCCGCUAAAGGAAAUUGUCAGGCUAAAAGAAUUAAGUUAUCUUCACAUUUUUGUAUCUUCAAUAAUAAAUUAAUUGUUCAUCAAAGUAAAAAAAAAAGUUAUUCAAACUCAAGUCAAACUAAUUGUAAAACUUAAAAAAAAUUCCCAUUCUAAUGCUAAAAAACUUUAUGUCCAACUUAUAUUGUGUCCAACUAAAUAAUGCAGGCCAAGAAACCAUUCCUGCCAACUCUUGAUGCAUAAUUAAAGCAUGAAAAAAAAAAAACAAAACAAAUAUAUUUAGAAGAUGAAAAAAGUCUGUGGUAUAAAAGCGCUUUGUGCGUCAAAUUAUGGUAAUCAUUGCCAUAUCCUAGUCUCAGGCGGCAACAUGCUGUUCAAGCUAUUCCCACGACUGCGUAUGCGAGCCGCCACGGAGCCGGUCAAGUCCUGCGAUGCGUUCAUUUAUAUGGAUCGUGGCAUGCAAUCGAUUGGUUGGAUACCGCCGAAACACCACUACGGACGCUGGAUAUAUUUUUUGUGGACAGUUUUCACAACGGUGCUUGGAAUAAUAUUGCUGGAUGUGUCACUGUUGGUUAGCUAUUUCAAGGAAUUGAGCACCUUUUCGGCGGGUCAGUUUCUCACCUCGCUACAAGUGUCCUUCAAUUGUUUUGGCUCCAGCAUCAAAGCCAGCUACACAUUUGCGGGCAUCAAGCGUUUCGGGCUGGCCAAGAAGCUCUUGGAUCGCCUCGACGAGCGCUGCAACCGCGUGGAGGAGUACGAACAGCUGCAACGAGCGGUGACGCGUUGUAAUCGGUUCUAUAUGGCCUACCAGACCAUGUACCUAAUGUAUACGUUCUCCACAUUUCUAUCAAACGCUUUCAGCGGUCGCCUGCCCUGGAAGCUAUAUAAUCCGCUGUUUGACUGGCAGACGAGUACACGGAACUUUUGGCUGGCUGGCUUAAUGGAGUACUUUUGGAUGACAAUCGCUGUGAUGCAGGAUUUAAUGGCCGAUGUUUAUCCUGUUAUAUACUUUCUAAUACUGAGAGCUCACAUAGGUUUGCUUAAGCAGCGGCUGCAACGACUGCGCACAGAUCCAACAAUGAGCGAGGAGCAGAACUAUGAGGAGCUAAUCAAGUGCAUUGAUGACCAUCGUGUAAUAUUGGAGUAUUGCAACACACUGCGACCCAUUGUUUCGGCCACUAUUUUUAUACAGUUUCUGCUUUGUGGCCUUGUCAUGGGCCUGUCCAUGAUCAAUUUACUCUUCUUUUCAAAUUUCGUGACUGGCCUGGGCACUGCUAUAUUUUUGUUUGAUCUGGUGCUGCAGACAUUUCCCUUCUGCUUCAUUUGCAACAUGAUCAUGGAUGAUUGCGAGGAGCUAGCCAACUGUCUUUUUCACUCCAAUUGGCUCAGUGCGGAUCGUCGUUAUAAGACCACAUUGCGUUAUUUUCUUCACAAUGUGCAGAAACCCAUCGUUCUGUCUGCAGGUGGAGUAUUCGAAAUUUCCAUGAGCUCAAACAUAACCGUCGCCAAAUUGGCAUUUUCCGUGGUCACAUUCGUAAAGCAAUUAAAUAUUGCUGAAAAGUUUUAGGAUUGGCAAUUUCAGGUCGAGAUUUCAUUAAAAAAAACCUAUUGUAUGCUAAUUAUCAUAUAAGACAUAAGAAAAUAUGUAUGUGAAAGACUAGAAAACUUUGAUAUGCCAUUGAAUACGUACGUUCAGGUCAUGCUCUUAAAUAUAUCAAUAACUUAUGAGAUUAAGAAUUGAAAUAAACUAUGCUAAGCAAGCAUACCAAAAAUGUGAAUAUAACAAUUUAAAAUCUAGAUUAAGAUAA